AAUCGAACGGCUAAUGUUUUCUCCUCCUCCAAUCCGCCUUCGUCCGCUUCUAUCCGCUCUCCUCCCUAUCGCUUGGUCUCCGCCCGUUCUUAUCCUCCGCUGCUCUCCUCCGGCUCGUCCCACGACGGGUAGCGCCUUCACCUCGCCUCACUCCUUCCAUUUCAAUAGCGAUGGAUCGAGAGAAGCUCAUGAAGAUGGCAGGUGCUGUUCGCACCGGUGGAAAGGGAAGCAUGCGCAGGAAGAAAAAGGCAGUUCAUAAGACCACAACUACGGAUGACAAAAGGCUCCAGAGCACUUUGAAAAGAAUCGGGGUAAAUGCUAUCCCUGCUAUAGAAGAAGUUAACAUAUUUAAAGAUGAUGUUGUUAUCCAGUUUGUGAAUCCCAAAGUGCAAGCUUCAAUUGCGGCCAAUACAUGGGUGGUUAGCGGUUCUCCUCAGAUGAAAAAGCUUCAAGAUAUGCUACCAACGAUCAUCAGCCAGCUGGGUAUGUUCUUGUUGAGCAAUAUGACAAGUUGGUUGCUUUCAGGAAUUCAACGUAUUUCAUUACUAAUAUUGGAAGUACUGGUCCUGAUAACAUAGACAACCUGAGGCGGCUUGCAGAGCAGUUACAGAAGCAAGCACCAGGUGCUGGUUCUAGUGCUGGUGCGGCUGCUCAGAAUGAUGACGAUGGUGAUGUCCCUGAACUUGUGCCUGGAGAGACAUUUGAAGAGGCUGCUGAUAAGAAAGAAACUUCAUAGUGGCUAUAGACCUGAUAAGAGUUUCCCCUCACCCCUUCUUAGACCAUUCUUGUCUGUUUCUCUUGCUCUUUAUGCUAAAUAACCAGCGCGUCAAUCGUCCUAUUUACAAAAUACUUGGGUUUGAAUCUAUCCAUUUUUCAUUUUCUUUUGUGUGUAUGACAUUCGUCUAAAUGACAAAUUGCUCAAGGUUCUCUUUCACUCUUCUUCUUCACAAGGAUCAAUCACUUAUUAGUCCAUGUAAUCUGACGCUAUUAUAAUAGAUCAAGAUCAGGACAUCAAUUGUUUGUUA